CGUGUCCGCCUAAGCAGCCCUCUUCCUCCCAGACAUGGCUCGGACUGCCGCGGCGUGUGUCCUGCUCUCGGUCAUUUUCUCGGCUGUGUCCGCCGGGGUGUUUUUCAGCCAGAAACAGCCGUGUUAUGUCCGCACACCGAGGAGAAACAACUUUGGUCUGAGAACGGGUCCUCUGCCCCAUGAGUACCUGAACAUCUCUGAGCUGCCCAAGGUUUGGGACUGGAGGAACAUCAACGGCACCAACUUCGUCAGCACGACUCGCAACCAGCACAUCCCCCAGUACUGCGGCUCCUGCUGGGCUCAUGGCAGCACCAGCGCCAUGGCGGAUCGCAUCAACAUCAAGAGAAAAGGAGCGUGGCCUUCUGCCUAUCUCUCUGUGCAGCAUGUGAUUGACUGCGCAGGAGCUGGAACGUGCCACGGAGGGGAUCACAGCGGAGUCUGGGAGUACGCCAACACCCACGGCAUCCCAGACGAGACCUGCAACAACUACCAGGCGAAAGACCAGGCAUGCAAGCCCUUCAACCAGUGUGGCACCUGCACCACCUUUGGACAGUGCAACAUCGUCAAGAACUACACGAUGUGGAAGGUGGGAGACUACGGCUCUGUCAGCGGGAGGGAGAAGAUGAUGGCAGAGAUUUAUGCCAGAGGACCAAUCAGUUGUGGGAUUAUGGCCACAGACCAGCUGGACGCCUACACCGGUGGGCUGUACUCUGAAUACCAGGAGGAGGCGUUCAUCAACCACAUUGUGUCGGUGGCUGGAUGGGGAGUAGAGGACGGGGUCGAAUACUGGGUCGUUCGCAACUCCUGGGGAGAACCAUGGGGUGAGAAGGGUUGGCUCAGGAUUGUGACCAGCGCUUACAAAGGAGGGAGCGGCAGCAAGUACAACCUGGCGCUGGAGGAGGACUGCAUGUACGGAGAUCCCAUCGUCCCCAAAGACUACCUGUAGAUGAGUUUAGUCAGGCCGCUGCUGUAAUCUGUCCUCCUGUCACAGCGGUGAAGGGAAAUUUUUAUAUGCUUCUAUAAAGGGAAUCCUUUUUUUUGUUUUUUUUUAAUACUUUACAAAUCGAUGCCAAGCUCUGAUUUAGUUUUCAGAGUAGGAUUGUGUACAUUACAGAGAUAUCUGCAGGCUGAAAUGAUACUUAAAUGAAAUUGGUGGCGGGUUUUACGCAUCGGUAAAAACAUUUGUCCACCAGAGAAAUCUCAAUGCUGGCUCACGAACAGCUGAUCUGUGCAGGAAUUGGACUCAACGAAACCAAAGCAAGCACUGAAUGUUUUUAGUUACUGGUUAUUGCACUACAGUCUUAUGAGGAAAUGCAACUUUAAUGUGCCUUAUUGCCACUUAAUGUCAAACUUGGGUUGACGCUACUUUAUGUUGAACAAUGUAUACCACAAAGACCGAAUCAUUGCUGUUUCAAACUGCCAAUAAACUGAUCCACAUCUUUAAA